GAUGGCCUCAAUCGCUAAUUCGUCCCGGCCCGGGACACCGGGCUCGCAACGGAGCAUUCCAUCGAGCAGUGAGAGUCGGGAUCCGUUUAGGGAUCCUUCCGAGGCAUCGUCGCCGGCUGCGGUGUCGAGGACCUCCCUCGUAUGUUGCCCGGCGCUCGGGAGGUUGUCCACUGUGCUAAUGGGCGGUAUCAGAACCCGGCAUCCCUCUCUGGCUCUGUGGUGACAAGGCCCCAACCGGCAGCACUGAGGAGCGACGUGGAUGCUAUUGCUCCAGCCCCUCGGCAGAAGGAAGUAUUGAAUGAGAAGAUGGGCCAGCUUUCCAGCUCAGACGACGACGUCGAGCGAGGGGCUGCGUCGCCGGCCGCUGCUUACUCUGACCCCGAGAAGGGCGGUGGUGCAGCAGCAGAGGGAGAAUCAACCUCCGCUAAAAAGAGCCGCAACCCCUUCAAGCGCAGCUGCGAUGCCUUUCGGCGGACGUACUGCCCCCGCGAGGAACCAGGCCUCGUCUUUCCCACCGGUCCCACAGACGAGGAGAAGCUCAAGUACAUCCACACCAACCGCAUCCCGCUUUACAUCUUUGGCGUAUUCUCCUUCCUAUCGCUGUCGGCAGGCAUGUGGCUCUUCGCCAUCAGCUCGCCCGUCUUUUCGUGGUACGGCGUCUUUGUGGGCUUUCUCAACGUCUACCUCAUGAUCUCCUACUUUGUCGGCGUCGUGGGCCGCGACUGGGACUACGACGGCCACAAGGAGAUUGCCGCGCAGUUCCCCAUCAAUGACAAGACCGCGCCCACAGUGGACGUCUAUUUGCCCUGCUGCUCGGAACCGCUUGAGAUCCUCGAGAACACGUACAAGCACAUCAUUGCGCUCGACUGGCCUGCCCACAAGCUCAAGGUGUACGUGCUCGACGACGGGGACUCGGUGGCCGUCCGGGCGCUGGCGGCGCAGUAUGGGUUCAACUACAUUGUCCGCGACGACCGGCCGCGACUGAGGAAGGCGGGCAAUCUCCGCUGGGCGUUUGCGCGCACAGAUGGCGACUUCUUUGCCAUCUUUGAUGCGGACUUUUGCCCCCGGUCGGAUUUCUUGCGAGAGCUGGUCGUCGAGCACAUGGCCGAUGACAAGACGGCUAUCGUGCAAAGUCCGCAGUACUUCCGGGUGACGGAUGACCAGACUUGGGUCGAGCAGGGUGCGGGGGCCACGCAGGAGCUGUUCUACCGCGUCGUGCAGGUCAAUCGGAACAAGUGGGGGGCCUCCAUCUGCGUGGGGAGCAAUGCCGUGUAUAGGAGGGCGGCGCUGGAGGAGGUUGGCGGGACCGCCGAGAUUGGCUUCUCGGAGGAUGUUCAUACUGGGUUCGGGGCUGUUGACCGCGGCUGGAAGGUCAAGUACGUGCCGCUGUGUCUGGCGACGGGCAUCUGCCCCAACACACCGCGUUCCUUUUUCUCGCAGCAGAUGCGCUGGGCACGGGGCAGCACCACGCUGCUCACCACCAAGCACUUCUGGGUAUCAAAUCUGACCCUCAUGCAAAAGAUUUGCUACCUCUGCGGCCUCCUGUACUACUCGGCCGUCUCGCUCGGCAUCUUCAUCUCGCCGAUCCCGGGUACCCUCCUCCUGUACUUCAGGCCGGAAUGGUUUAAGUACUACAAUCUGGCGUUUGCCAUCCCGUCCAUCAUCUACGGCUCACUCCUCUUCCGCUUCUGGGCCAAGGCCAAGUACGGCUUCAACGUACAGCACGUCAUGGUGGUGCAGUCGUAUGCCUACCUGACGGCCAUCAAAGACCGCUUGCUCGGCAUCGAGCUGCUGUGGGCCGCGUCGGGCGACAAGAAAGCGCACAAGAGCAACAAGUACCGCAACAUGCGCAUCCUCUGCUGGCUGUGGACCAUCGUCUCGGUCGGGGGGAUGGUGUCGGCCGUGACGUACCGCGUCCUGACCGGGUUCGAAUGGUACCACACCAUCCCGCUGAUUGUGCUCAACGCGUAUAACCUGUACAUUACCCAUUAUUUCCUCUUUUGCUCGUGGCGGUGGUAGCCGCUGGGAAGUGGUCCUCGUUCGGCAUCUGAGGGAAACGAUCGUGCUGAAGAGAGCCUGAUUACAGGCAUGGCACGGCCGGUCCGGGGCAGAGACGUCA